AUGGAUAAUAAUCUAAUUUCCUGUUGUUGUGGUAAACAGUGCAAAGGUAAAAAGGGCCUAAGAAUGCACCAACGUUCGUGCAAAACAUUCAAAAAUUUAAAUAAUUCGAUAAAUUCUCCAAAGGACCCUAACGAUGAUUCCAUCAUUUUGACACCAGCAAACACUACCACCGCAGAAUUACCACAACUAUCACUUCCGCCUCACCAUCGAGCGACUCCAUCGACGUCGUCGUCAGCGGGUGUCGCCGCGGCAGAGAUACCACUACCAUCGUCCCCGCUUCACCAGGUGACAUCUCCGUCGUCGUCAUCGUCAGCAAAUACCGUCAUAAAAGAUACUACACUUCCAGGGAUAAAGUUACCUAAAACAACAAUUCAAUGGUCUGAGAUCAACGCAUACUUCCAUUCUCAAAGAUCAGCUCUACCAAACAUCACCGACAUUGAUAACUUCACCAUCAAUUUCCAGUCAUCAAUAUACAACUACUUUGCUUCAACCUACGGCACAAUUAAACAACAAACAAAUUCAACAACAAUAUCCGACAAACCAAUCAAAAAACUAAAGAAGGAACUGAAACAACUAAAGCUGCUAGGCCGUAACAACCACAACUUCGACCUUCAAAUUAAAACGCUAAGCAAACAAAUAAGAUCAAGGAUAGCAUCAACAAAACAAAAUAAACUUGAAAAAACACUCAAUAUCACAAACCAAUUAAAACACAAAUUUUGGGCGAUGUGUGAAAAAUUAUUCAACCCGGCGCCUAAUUUGCUACCUCAGUUUGGCGUCGACAAAUGUAAACAAUUUUUCAACAACAUUUUAAACGAUCAAUCUUGCAAUAAACAUUCCCUAUCAAAUUGGAUUAAAACAUUACCAAACCCUUCAAUAGCCUGUGAUACAAAUCCUCCCACGUUUAAUGAAAUCUCUUCAAUUAUCCGGAAAUGCAAGUCGAGAGCAUCUCCUUGCCCUUUGGACCAGAUCUCUGUUGGCAAAUCAUUCCACAUCCUUGGGCCAUACACUGCAAAACUUCUUGACGCCAUUGAUGAGUUUACCAACGGUUUUUAUAAUCCUUUUAUUCUGUCUCUAAUCGAUAUAAAUUGGACUGAUAAUUUUCGAUAUAGCUUAAUCAAUAGUGUAAUAUCGUCAUCUUAUGCUUUGUACUGCGAUAGAAACAAUGCGUGA